AUGUCGGACUACCUGAGGUCCGCGCUCGGGUACCUGAACGGUGGCACCAGCGGCAACGAGUACGUUGGCCAGACGCUGGACAUCAACAACGUGAAGCUAAGGGUGACACGACUGAUCGCCGAGGGUGGAUGGGCAUUGGUGUUUGCGGUAGAAGAUGUCACUACAGGAAAAGAAUAUGCACUUAAGAGACUUAUCGCCGCCGAUGAAGAUGCAAACAGAGCCAUUAUACAAGAGAUAGAAACGUUGAAGAGACUGGCGAAUCAUCCAAAUAUUAUACAGUUUUUGUAUGCUCAACGGUUGGAGCGAGGGGAGCGUAAGGGAUAUGAAUACCUGGUCGUUACUGAGCUAUGUCCUGGCGGUACGGUAGCCGAUAUACUCAGGAGCGUGUCUGUAAACACGCUGACUCUCGCCCAGGUGUGUAAGAUAGCCUAUCAAGCGACGCGUGCGGUGCAUCACAUGCACAGCCAGCAGCCAGAACCUUUGGUGCAUCGGGACAUCAAGCUGGAGAAUUUUUUGCUCGGGAGAGACGGCCUCGUGAAACUUUGUGACUUUGGUAGCGCCACAACACAGCAGAUAUUACCGGAUCCAUCAUGGAAUGCUCAAAAACGUGCUACUCUGGAGGAUCAGAUGGCCAAGUACACGACCCCUAUGUAUCGCGCCCCGGAAAUGAUGGACACAUGGAACAAUGAACCUAUAGGACCUCCGGUAGACUGUUGGGCCUUAGGAUGUAUAUUGUAUUCUUUGAUCACAUUGCGGCAUCCUUUCCCUGAAGGUAACAAAUUAGCAAUCGUGAAUGGCAAGUAUCCACCGUUACCGCCCAAUCCACGGUACGCAUGUUUGCACGACUUGGUGAAGGGAUGUCUGCAAGUUUCGCCCAUACAGAGGCUGACGACCGCUCAGCUCUUGGAACGCCUGGCGGCAAUUGCCGAGUCGAACGACUUUGAUCUCAGAGAACCGCCGCAGAUCGAUGUCGCAAUCAAGCCGUCACCACCCCCGCGUCCAACACCACCACCACCAUCGUCGAAUCAGACAACACCGAUGUCAGUCCCUCCGCGUACCACUGCGCCUGUAACAAUGCCGCCGCCAAGACCGGCGCCCGUGCAGACGGCGGCGGUGUCCAAGGUUCCGGCUCCUCAGAGUACGACUGGCCUAUUCAAUUCGCUGAGAGGCGGCGCCGGUAGCAUCCUGCGCAAUCUGAAAGACACCUCCAGCAAGGUGAUGCACACUGUACAACAGAGUAUGGCCCGAACGGAACUGGAUGCGAGUUAUCUGACGUCGCGCAUACUCGUUAUGCCAUAUCCGGCUGACGGAAUCGAGUCUGCCUAUCGGGCUAAUCAUGUGGAGGACGUGAGAGCCUUUCUCCACGCUAGGCAUCCGCCGCCCGCCAAGAUCCAGCUUUACAACCUGUCCCGCGGUCGACCAAACGUCACGCGACUCUCCGGCAGGCACAUUGAUUGUUCGUUCGCUUACGCCACCCCAGAAUCGAAUGCGCCCAUGUUGUUCGCUCUAUAUCAGAUCUGUCAAGAUAUCUAUCAAUAUCUGAAUGCCGAUUUCAAUCACGUGGUCGUGCUAUAUUGUACUGACGGGUAUCGAGCGAGUGCUACAGUGGCAUGCACUCUGCUGAUUUACUGCAGGGCCCUGAUCACCGUUGAGGAGGCGAUUGCCCUGUUCACAACGAGACGCUGCCAGCCGCCGCAUCUGCAACCCUCGGAAUUACGCAGUAUUAAUUACAUGAGUAUGCUCAGUGGCGGCCAGCCUCCGCACACGAAACCGCUUAUUCUUCGUUCCGUUAUCAUACAGCCGGUGCCGUUGUUCACUAGAGCGAAAGACGGCUGUCGGCCGUAUAUAGAGAUUUACAGUAAUGGUGCGCUAGUCUUCACGACGAAAAAAGCUAAUUACGAAGAGAUGAAACUGUUCGGAAUCAUGGAGGGCAAGAUCUGCCUGAUUCUGGGAGACGCGGCCGUGCGCGGUGAUGUCACUCUCGUGAUAUACCACGCCAGGCAACAGCUCGGCCGUGUGAUUGGCAUUAAAAUUGCUUCAGUACACUUUCAUACUGGCUACAUCCCUAUCACCGAGAACACCUUGACGUUUGAGAAAUGCGACCUGGACGAUGCACCCGAGAUCGGCGGCAAGUUCCGCUUUGUACUGAAUGUCAUGAUAGGGGAGGAAAAUUCGAAAAUGUCGAGGGUACCGGCGCCGUGGGAAGCAGAAUCGUGUGUCAAGCCUGUACCGGAUCCUCUGUUUGGUUCAACAUUAGAAAAAGAGGAAACUCUAGAGACCUUUAGGACAGCUCCUCAUCAGGAGGAGAUUCAGAAAGUAUCGUCGAACGAAAUCGACAAAAUUUCACAACACGAAGCGGUACCUCAGCAGCCGGAACAGCCGAAAGAGGAAGAGUCAUCAAGCAAGAUCGAAGAGAACAGCUUUCAGGAGGCUGAUUUGUUAAAUCUCGGCAUGCCGGAAAAUACCAAUAAUACCUCAAGUACUUCCGCAUCGGCGGCAAAUCCAGGAUUAGAUAUAUUUUCUAAUUCUAGUCAGAAUGAAAACGAUCUCUUGGGUGGUUUCGGCGUGUCGGCGCCGAAGACUGCCAAUUCGAUACCUUUAAUUAACAAUAACGCCUCGACUGAUUUGCUGUUCGGACAUGACAGUUCUGCGACAAGGAGCAGUCACACUCCUAGCAACAACAAUUUGAACAUGAACGACUUGCUAUUUGGACAGAGUCAGACAACGCCAUCGAGUAAGGAAGUCAAUGAUCUAAUGUUCGAUCCGUUGGGUGGAAACGCUUCGGGCAAUCUUUUCGGCGAUCUCGCGGCGGAUACCGCGAAAUUGAACACCACUAAGAUCCCGAAUCCCGAAGAAAAUUUUCCGCGAAAUGCUAGUGUGCCGAACUUCGCCGCUCAGAUUAAUAAGGAUCCGUUUGCUAAUCUAACCGGCUCAUUGGGCGCCGGUCUCACGGGCAGUUGGAAUGGCACGCCGAAGAAUUCAAAUACCCCGCGGUCGGCGAGCCCGGUACCCGCGAGCACGCCGAUCCAUUCCAGCCCGAAUACGAUGCAUAAACCCAACGAAGCGAGUAAUGGUGCAAACAGUGGCACCUCGAAGGAGAAAACAAGCGGCGAUGCGUUUGAGGAUCUGCUUGGUAGCCAGGGAUACAAUUUCUUCAGCUCGCGUAAGGCAGAUAAGGACAGCCCGAAGACAAUAAAUCAGAUGCGAAAAGUCGAAGCGGCGAAGUCAAUGGAUCCCGACAGAUUGAAGAUCGCCGAGUGGACGGAAGGCAAAAAAGGAAAUUUGCGGGCCUUGCUUUGCUCGAUGCAUACAGUUAUGUGGUCAGACGCUGAAAGAUGGCAACGUUGCGAAAUGCAUCAACUGGUCACGGCUGCGGACGUCAAAAAAGCUUAUAGAAAAGCUUGCUUAGCUGUGCAUCCAGACAAGCAAGUAGGCACACCAAAUGAGAAUAUAGCAAAGUUGAUUUUCAUGGAGCUGAACAAUGCAUGGAGUACGUUCGAAAACGAUGCGUCGCAACAGAAUCUAUUUAGCUAAUUUUAAUGAUUAUUAUCUGUUAUUGAGAAUCUAUCUCUGUAAUUAAUUUAGUUCCUAGCGGAAGGGGAGCUAAGCGGGUGAAGCAGGGAUCUUGUUAUCCCGUUGGGAUAACUGCAUCCAUGUAAUUGUGCAUUCCGAUGACAUUAUUUUAGCUGUAGAGAGAAAGACAGGGUGCGCGAGAGCGAGAGAGAGAAAGUAAAGUCUUCAGAGGUGACAGCGAGUUCGGCGAAGCAGUGCUUCGGGACAUGUCUCCUUAUUGUUUCAACGCCUUGUAAACCUAGUUAAAAUGCCCCCAAUUAUGGCAGUGCGGCGUAACGUAUAUAUGUAUAUAACGCAAAUGUACAUUAAAAAGAGGAUCCUAAAUAUAUGAAGCUAUUUUCCGGCCGAAAA